CAUAUGUCGCGUAGGUGGCGACACUCUAGUUUAAUUAUACGGUUGGGAAUUCAUAUUAUAGGGUAGUUUAAUAACUAUAUUUUUAUUUUUAUUAAAUAGUUUAAUAGAUUUGUAAGUUGAUGGAGGUGACAAAAGAAUUUUUUGAAAAGCUAGAUGCUUUUGUCGAUCAAUAUGGAGAUCCAAGAACUAAUGAAUGGCCUAUGGUCCAAGGAAUCACAACCACAUUAGCAUGUGCUUCGGUGUAUUUAUAUUUUGUGUUAUACUUAGGGCCAAAAUUUAUGGAAAAUAGAAAACCUUUUCACUUACUACCAAUAAUUAAAGUGUAUAACAUAGUUCAGUUGGUAGCAUGUAUCUUAAUUUUUUAUAUGAUUUUGAUUUCUGGAUGGACGACUAAAUAUACCCUUGGAUGUGAACCUGUUGACUCCAAUGCACCACAUUCAAUUCGAUUAGCUAAACUAUUUUGGUGGACAUACAUGUUAAAAUUAGUGGAAUUUGCUGAAACGGCAUUUUUCAUUCUACGUAAAAAGGCAAAACAAGUUUCUGGACUUCAUGUUUAUCAUCACGCAUCUACGUUUAUUUUAGCUUGGGCUGCAGUUAAAUUCUUCCCAGGUGGUAUGGCUUCUUUCCCAAUUUUAGUGAAUUCUGUAGUACAUAUUAUUAUGUAUGCUUACUAUCAACUUUCAUCUAUGGGACCACAAUAUCAUAAAUUUACAUUAAAAUAUAAAAAAUAUGUGACUAUUAUUCAACUGAUUCAGUUUGGUAUUCUUGUACUACAUACUCUACAAGUUUUGUCAUCAAGUUGUUCUAUGCCUAAUGCAUACCUAUAUGGAAUGCUACCAGAUAUCAUUGUUUUGUUUUAUUUAUUUUACAAAUUUUACAGAAAUACAUACAUAACAAAAAAAAAAAAUGUAGAGCUUAAAUCGACAGAAAAAAUUAAAUAAUUAUUUUAUCAUUUGUAUUAUACCUAUAAUAAAAGUAUAAACAAAUGAAAUCAAACAAACAUGAGUAAUCAUAUAAAAAUGCCAAGAAAAAUAUUAUAACAUUAAAUUGUAAUAUUAUUUAUUUUACUUAAUUAUUAUUAUUUAAUUAUUAUAAUUAAAAAGAAAACCUAAUAUUUGUAUUAUUUUUCUGUUUAUACAACACAACAUUGAACUACUAUUAAUGUAUUUAGUGAAUUUUAUAUUAUGAUAAAUUGUUUGGCUUAAUCAAAAUUUUUAUUUUAAUUACUUAUUAAGCUUUACCUACUUAUUCUAUGUCACAAUCUUAAGCGUAAAAAAAUUACAACACAUUUUUGCAAUUGAAAUAAAAAGUUAUUUUAUUUCUUAUUGAUCAUAUUCAAUUAGUGAACUAUUCAUUCCUUUUUUAUAUUAGGUAUAUAGUAAACUAGUAAUAUGCUCUCAAUCAAUUUUGUCAUCAAUUUGUUUCAUACCUAAUGCUUUGAAAACAUUUAAGUAAAAAAUAAAAAUAAUAAAGAUGUUAAAAAAAAGAAAUUUGAUAUAUAAGCACAUUUUACCUAGUAUUAACAAGAUUAUUUGUGACCUAUGUAAUAAAAGUGUAUACCUAUCUAAAAUAA